AUGGCUAAUGAAUGUUGCUCUAUCCAACUGAUUGACGGAGAUGGUGUAUUCAAUGUCACGAGUCUUGAACACUUUAUGAAGUCAGUGAAGUUGGCAGAGCAUGGAUUCUCCUAUGCUGUAGUUUCUAUCAUGGGUCCACAAAGUAGUGGCUAUGUUUAUUAUAAGGGAAGCGAUAUCACUUUCAAGAUGCAGAACGAAGUGGGUGAAAUGAUGAAUCUUUAUAUCCUUAGAAAAUGUUCUGCUACGAACAGACUAAUCACUGCCAAGGAUCAUGCAUUUGUCCAAGUCAAUAUUGGACACUUGGAUGAUAAUGGAGUGUACACCGGCCAGUAUACCACUUUUGCUCUUUCUGGCUUUAUUCGUGCUCAAGAACAGAAGGAAGCAUUGAUUGGAGGUUUUGGUCUAAUCAAUUUGAAGAUUUAUAGGAAGCAAUAUGAAAACUGCGUAAGUUGCCCUAGAUGUGGUUUGUCACGGUGGAAGCUAAACAAAAAUAAGGUUGAGAAGAAAGGUGUUCCUGCUAAGGUGAUUUGGUAUUUCCCUCCCAUUCCAAGAUUUAAGCGCAUGUUUAAAUCUUUAGAGACCUCGAGAAAUUUAACAUGGCAUGCAGAUUCUACAAGAGUUGUUGGUCAGUUACAUCAUCCAGUUGAUUCACCAUCAUGGAAGUUGGUGGAUCAUAUGUGGCCUGACUUUGAAAGUGAGCCAAGAAAUCUUCGCCUAGCACUUGCAGCUGAUGACAUUAAUCCUCAUAGCAACCUUAGCAGUCGGUACAGUUGUUGGCCAAUCAUGUUGGUCAACUAUAAUUUACCUCCAAAUAUGUGUAUGAAGAGGAAAUACAUCAUGCUAACUAUGCUCAUUUCAGGGCCUAAGCAGCCUGGAAAUGAUAUUGAUGUCUAUCUGGAGGUGCUAGUUGAAGAUUUGCAACGAUUGUGGGAAGGAGUUGAUGGAGUCUAUGAUGCUUAUCGCAGGCAGUUCUUCACUCUUAAAGCAGUCUUAUUAUGGACCAUCAAUGACUUUCCUGCAUAUGGUAACCUUAGUGGAUGUACUACACAUGGUUAUUAUGCAUGUCCAGUAUGCGGAGAAGAUACUUAUGCAAGACACUUGGAAAAUGAGAAGAAAAUGUCAUUUGCUGGCCAUAGAAGAUUCCUAUCACGGUUUCAUCCAUAUCAUAGGCAAAUGAAGGAGUUUAAUGGCAUGGAGGAACUUGGAGAAGCAGCUAGACCAUUAUCUGGGAUUAAGUUGUUUGACAAACUUUCUGACAUAAGGCAUUGUCUUGAUGUUAUGCACAUCGAGAAAAAUGUCUUUGAAUACCUCAUUAAUACUUUGAUGAAUGUUAAAGGAAAAACCAAGGAUAAUGUGGCAGCUAGGUUGGACAUGGUUGAGAUGGAGAUUAGGCCUGAAUUAACACCUAUAGUUGGGGAGAAAAGAACAUAUCUUCCUCUUGCUGCGUGCUCAUUCACAAAGAAAGAAAAGUUGCAAGUGUACAAGUCAUUAAAGGAUAUAAAAGUUCCAGAAGGUUUCUCUUCAAACAUGAAUAAUAUUGUGUGCAUGGAUCAGUUGAAGUUGACUUGCUUGAAAUCCCAUGAUUGUCAUGUAUUAAUGCAACAUUUCUUACCAAUAGUCAUACGUGAUGUACUGCCAAAACAUGUUAGAUAUGCCAUCAUAAGAUUAUGCUUCUUCUUCAAAGAUAUUUGUUGCAAGGUUAUAGAUGUAGCCAAGUUAGAUAAGCUGCAAUCUGACUUGGUUGUUACACUCUGCUUAUUGGAGCAAUAUUUUCCCCCAUCUUUCUUCGAUAUCAUGCUUCACUUAACUGUCCAUCUUGUUCGAGAAGUCCGAUUAUGUGGACCAGUUUACUUUAGAUGGAUGUAUCCAUUUGAAAAAUGCAUGAAGGUGCUUAAGAGUUAUGUGGGCAGUCGAAAAUAUCCUGAAGGUUGCAUUGUUCAGAGAUAUUUAACAGAAGAGACAAUUGAGUUUUGUUCAGAAUAUCUUAAUGGUGUCGAUCCUAUUGGAGUCCCUCAAUCAAUCCGAGACUCAAAAGCAAAUAUUUCUGGCUUGCAAGCAUGCAACACACCAAUUGUAGUGCAACAAGUUGAUCUGCAACAAGCACAUUUGACUGUGGUAGAAAAUAUGGAAGAAGUAUCUCCCUAUAUAAUUGAACAUAAAAUAUUUUUGAAAUCAAUGUUUCACAAAAAAGAGAAAGAUGAAAGGUGGAUACAAGAAGCUCACAAUAAGAGGUUUAUUGAUUGGUUUCGUGCAAAGGUGGCUGCUGAAAUUGACAGUUGCAAUGGUGGAACAACAUCGACAUUAACAUGGUUGGCCCAUGGACCGCGUGUGCAAAUCCUUAAGUAUAAUAGUUAUGUGAUAAAUGGUAAUUUAUACCAAACAAAGGCGCGGGAUGAUGACAGAGUUUGCCAAAACAGUGGGGUUUCUUUAGUUGCCAACACCAUGCUUGUAUGUAGUGCUAAAGAUAAGAAUCCCUUGCUAGCUGAUGUGUCUUUCUAUAGAGUGAUUGAAGAAAUAUGGGAAUUAGACUAUCAUCAAUUUCACGUUCCUCUUUUCAAGUGCGCGUGGGUUGCAAAUGACAAAGGAAUAAUCAACAAUGAUGAAUGUGGUUUCACUUUAGUUAAUUUGAACAAACGAGGACACAAGAAUGACGAAUUUGUGCUUGCAAGUCAAGUCAACCAAGUCUUUUAUAUUGAUGACCCAUUAAAAAAGGGAUGGUCAAUUGUGCUCCCAGUUUCAAAUAGAUGUUAUGAGGGAGAUGAUGAUGAUUGGAGCAGUAUUCCAGAUUCGCGACCAAUUGAUGAUGUUGAUACUCAUUGUAUUCCUGCACAUGAAAGAUAUUUUAGAUCAGAAAUUGAGGGUGUAUGGGUCACAAAAAAGAAAAAAUGA